CGAAAGAUAUUUAAAGUUCCAUCUCUCAUAUCGAACAAACAAACUUACGUUUUGCGACUUUUUUGUGGACUUUGGUGAUUUUGGGUGGGAUCUGUGGAAGAUUUUUCUAAAAAUCGAAACUUUCCAUAUUUAUUAACUUUAUCAUAACUAGUUGACAAGAUGUCGCAAGAAGUCGAGGAAACAUUAAAGCGAAUUCAGAGCCACAAAGGUGUUGUCGGAACAAUUGUCGUUAACAACGAAGGUAUUCCGGUGAAAUCCACUUUGGACAACACGACUACCGUCCAGUACGCUGGCCUAAUGAGUCAGCUGGCGGACAAGGCAAGAAGCGUUGUACGCGACUUGGAUCCUUCCAACGACAUGACAUUCCUGCGAGUGCGUUCCAAGAAGCACGAGAUCAUGGUGGCCCCCGACAAGGACUUCAUCCUGAUUGUGAUUCAGAACCCCACGGAUUAGGAAAAAAAGAGCUGGAGCUAGAACGCUGAAAUAGAUUACUGUGUAUUUUCAUAAAUAUCGAUGUCUGCUACAGAAGCGAGAGAUUACUUAUUAAAUAAUGAAAUCAUUUAUUUACAAAAUAUUCUCGAUUUAACAGCGCUGACAUCACAGAUGUUGCUGCUGUUAACAGGGGGAGUGGAUUCUUUCAGUAAAACUAAAAGAAAACAAUCUCUUAAAAAUUUUAAACCCUGAUCGAAUUUUGUUUCUAAUGAAUCGCAAUUAUAAUCCGUAAAAGAUGGAAAAGAAUUAAUAAUAAGUUGACAUUUGGAAAAUCUGUUAUGAACCGGUUAACAGAAGUAUUUUAGAGUGACCGUUUAAUCUGUUGAACAUUGGGCGAUAGCCAAAUUUUGCAGCUCCUCUGGUCACACAGCCAACGAAUCGUGAAAACCCGUGAGCCUCUGCGUACCUGCAUUUAUGAAAUUCGACGUAGCCCCGUGGAAUAGUCAAUAAAUUGAUUGGGAAAAGCGAAUCCGAGUCCGCAAUCCCUUCGCGACACGUCGAAGUAAACGGGAGUGCAACGAGCCAGGCGAUCGAUGGAUCGAUCGAUCUGAAAAAGGUAAAUCGACGUCGACGACAGCGGAAUACGGAAUACCGAAUACCCGAAUACCUAAGAGCCAAAGCGACAGAA